UUUUUGCAUGUCAUGGCAAAACCUUGAAAGAUCCUAUGAUUUUGACUCUAUAAUUGGAUCGAAUUACUUCCCUCCCUCGCGGCAGUUUCCGCCCGAGAGUGAAAGUCUAGUGUCCAUCGAUCAAUCCUUAUCUGCUCAAAAGGACAAAUCCAAUUAGUACGAAUAUUGGUGAAGAAAUAUUUCUUAUGGCUGAGGAGGUCUCGACCAAUUCUCGUUGGUCUAGGAAUAGAAGAGACAGCUGAUAUCUCUGAGCAUACCUAAAUCGUAACCGAAAUUCAGAGAUGGAUUGUUUCAUUGACGCGAUCGAUGCAAAACAUCAGUUAACCGAGUCCGUCAUCCAUACACUGCGACUGCCUGAGAAAAUUGGAGACAAGUGGAAGGACUUAGCAAGAAAACUGGGCUACAUUGAAUCCGUCGUUAAUGCAAUUCAAACUGAGGAAAAUAACAUUCCAAAGGAAUGUUGUAUCACUGUCCUUGUACGAUGGAUGGAACGAGAAGCAGAGGGUGCCACUGUCGAAAGGCUUGCACAAGUUUUAACGGAAAUAGAACUGAAGAAUCUCUCCCGAUUACUAAAAGAUCACGCAUUGGGUGUCGAAGUGGAUGUUGUUGGAUCAGACGAUCGAGGCCAAGUUGACAAAUUGCAGAAGAAAAUAAUUGAAAUACAAGCAAACGCGAAGCAAUUGGAGGAGGAGGGUUCCAAAGUGAAGGCAAAAAUGAAAGAAUUAGAAGAAAAACUUGCAGUGAUGACACAGGAAAAGCAAACCUUUGAAGAAAGAUGCCAGAAAUUGCAAGAGGUAAACUCAGAUCUGGUAAAAGAACUGCGAGAUUUCAAACAGCAGAUCCAAGCCGGGAGUUCUAAACAGGAUGUCAAAACUGGUUUGGAUUCACCACGAGAGGAGGAAUCAGAAAACACCAGAGAUGAGACUAAUACAGAACAAGGGAUCGUUGUUCAGCUAAGGCUUCUCAAUGAACAACUCAUCGAGGGCGUGAUAUCUCCGCUGCAAGUUUCAGAAGUAAAAGAGGACAAACUUAAGACUUCUGUCAUGGUAGACCUACUGAUCAGACUGAGUAUGACGCUGCAAGAAUUAUACAGCACCACCCUGUCCAUGGUUACCAAGUCCUGCAAAUGCAGCGAGAAUGUGAAACGCGAAUUUUAUGACUUCGCGUAUCAUGGUCUUCGAGCUGAGCACAACGAUUUGAUGCACCGAGUGGAGGAGUUAACAUCAGUCGAAAAAGAAAUGACAGGCGAGGAGCAAAGCGAACUUUCUAAACUGAGAGAGCUCCAGAGUAACCGACAAAGGCUGGUUGAUAGAUUGGAGAAUCUGUGGAGAGGUCUGUUCUCACCGUAUGAGAGUCGUCCAAAAGUAACAUGCUCUGAACCCUAUGGAGCAAGUGGAUGUUCUGCUGACUCUGAAAAGAACUUGCAACGAUACCAUUCAUAUCCACGUGAACAGAACACAAGCACAGCGGCAGCUACAACAAGCGACGACGAAACACAUGAAGGGUGUAUCCCAAAUCCAUUCAAGGGGACAAAGUUGAAGAACCCUUUCAAAAGAAUAGGAAGUCAACAUCACUCAUGUCGCCUGGUGUCCUACUCUGUUAAAGACCCCCAGGGGUUCCGUUUAAAUUGAACGAGUAGUUAACAAAAAUUUAACCAGCUAGUCGUCGCUUACAAAGUCUUAUUGUAGCAGUUCCUAGAUCUUAGAGGAGAGCUAAAAUGGCGUAGAUAUACGUAGUUAUCGUAUUUUAGCCAGAGAAGGUUUAAACAUGAUGAAGAUUCUCGCAACAAACACAUCCCGUCGAGAAAUGAGGACUUAGAAGCACACGGGAUAACCUGGACACGACUUCCGUUGCCUGAGCUAUCGAGCGCGCCAGGAAAACUGGGUCGAACCCUUCAAGUCGAGGCUUAUCGCAAAAGACUAUUUUGUGACAAAUUCCCAUCUCUCAAAAAGAGAAACUUCUAGCACGACAUUAUCACCAGCCAAAUCAAACGCGGGUAACUUCUCCAGAGCCCCGUUUUCACUUUUAACAGGCAGUGACGCUUCCACUCUUUAUGCGCUUACUUUUGUCAAAGUUAUCUUUCCCAUUCUACAAUACAUUACAAUAUUCUUUAUUUAACGAAGGUGACGUAAUUAACCCAAUGAGUUAUCUAACUUACGGCCUUCACAGCAGUACAAAGACGUAAUGACUGAUCAGCAAAACGACUUACUACGAGAGAAACUAAAACUAGAAAUUGUAUGGUUUAACACUGAUACCUUGAUUCUCUUCAGCUUCUGGCUGACGCGCGGAACAUAUCUUUAGUCAAAAGCAUCAAUGCAUUGAAGAAUCUAUCAAUUAAAAUUUUUGACAUUUUGAAAUUUCAAUUAGUUUUUCAUAGAUAGCAUGUGAACUUUACAAGAUUUGUAGAUCAUCGAAUUGUCUGAACUGAAAAUUUAGGCUUUUAUAACAGUUGUAGAUAAAUACAUAUUUGUAAAAGUUAAAAGGUAUCCUUUUUUCGGGAUCCAUUGAAUUCACGCGUAAGAAUAAUAUACUUGUAAUAUACUUAUGGGACUUUCAAAUGUGAAAACAUUGUAAAUUGUAUAUAAUAUCCAUUAUUUUAACAACCCUGCGUUUUGGCUUAUUUAUCGCUACAGCAUGAGAUCAUCUACUCCAAUGAAACCUUGAAAAUAGCACAUUAGGUAUAUCGAUAAAAUAUGUUUGCUCUGAAUUUCUUAAAGUUUGAUUUAGCGUAAGGUCUGUUAUGCGAUCGAGCCUUGUAUCCUCACCCUAUAGGAAAUUCGAAGGACGUCAUCAGUUUUUUAAUUCCAGCGGCCAACAUCCCUUAAAAUUUGACUUUUUCGCACGUUUUUGUUGUUAUAGUGUUUUCCAUUUCGAGAGUAGAACUGUCUCAAAUUUUUUACUACGUUUUUCACGCGACUCUAAAAUGCCGGCUGAGAAUGCCACGCAUGUAAAAAUAUUUUAAGAUUUUUUGGCCAGCGUAAAAGUUUGUCUCUUGAGCUUUUGAAGAAUAAAA